AUCAUUGAUCAGCUAUUCCACUUGGACAUGGAUGCACUUGGGGCUGCUGUGCCCUCUCAGAGAGUAUAGGUUAAUCAUGGAAAGUUUUAAGCGCUCAUGAAACGAUUUAAUAGAAUCCUGAACAACUUCAUCAAAAAGCCACACCAUUCACAGAGCAUUUAACAUUUAACUUUUAAAAUUUCAACUUGGUGGUGGUGAGGGGCCAUGUUUGUGUUUACACUUGCAUGAUUUGGCAGUUGAACACAACACAGGCCCUGUAAAAAGGGACCCUCGGGCUUUUUGCAGGGUUGUUCUUUGUUGAAACAGUUUAAGUAGUGUCUUAUUUUUUUUCUGAAAGUACUUUAAGAAGUCAGAAUCGCAUUUUAAAGAAAUUAGUUGGAAAAGAAGGAUCUUGCUUUUCUCGUUCCCCUCGUGUGAAUUAGAGGGUUUCAAGUAGAGAGACUUAAGUAUUCAGGACGCCACUGAGCAGUUACUUGUACAGCAAUUUCAAAGAUGGAUGGGGAGACAGCUGCUGAGACGGUUGAAGUAUUGGCUGGUAGGAAAGUGGUCCUGAGCCCCAGGGCUGAGGCUGGGGGCUGACCUAGGGAGGCUGGUGGGCAGUCCCGGCCCAGUGGGUGGGAGGAGGCAGGCGCAGCAGGAAUUGGCCAGUCUGGGGGUUGGGGGCGGGGCCACGGGGAGACAACCACGCAGUCAUGGCUGCUGCCUCCCGCUCCCGGGUCGCGCACUUGCUGAGGCAACUGCAGCGUGCGGCAUGCCAGUGCCCAACUCAUUCGCAUACUUACUCCCAAGCUCCUGGGAUUUCACCUUCCGGAAAAAUAACAGAUUAUGCCUUUGAGAUGGCUGUUUCAAACAUUAGAUAUGGAGCAGGAGUUACAAAGGAAGUGGGAAUGGACCUGCAAAACAUGGGUGCUAAAAAUGUUUGUAUGAUGACAGACAAGAACCUCUCCCGGCUCCCUCCUGUACAAAUAGUUAUGGAUUCCCUGGUGAAGAAUGGUAUAAACUUUAAGGUUUAUGAUAAUGUGAGGGUUGAACCAACCGAUAGAAGCUUUAUGGAAGCUAUUGAGUUUGCCAAAAAGGGAGCUUUUGAUGCCUAUGUUGCUGUGGGUGGUGGCUCCACCAUGGACACCUGUAAAGCCGCUAAUCUGUAUGCAUCCAACCCUCACUCUGAUUUCCUAGAUUACGUCAGUGCCCCCAUUGGGAAGGGAAAGCCUGUUUCUGUGCCUCUUAAGCCUCUGAUUGCAGUCCCAACUACUUCAGGAACUGGGAGUGAAACUACUGGAGUUGCCAUUUUUGACUAUGAGCCCUUGAAAGUAAAAAUUGGCAUUGGUUCCCGAGCCAUCAAACCCACGCUGGGACUGAUUGACCCUCUGCACACCCUGCAUAUGCCUGACCGGGUGGUCGCCAACAGUGGCUUCGAUGUGCUUUGCCAUGCCCUGGAGUCCUACACUGCCCUUCCCUACCACAUGCGGAGCCCCUGUCCUUCAAAUCCCAUCUUUCGGCCAGCCUACCAGGGCAGCAACCCAAUAAGUGACAUCUGGGCUGUCCACGCCUUGCGGAUCGUCGCUAAGUAUCUAAAGAGGGCUGUCAGAAACCCUGAUGAUCUAGAAGCAAGGUCCAAUAUGCACUUGGCAAGUGCUUUUGCUGGCAUUGGCUUUGGAAAUGCUGGUGUUCAUCUGUGCCAUGGAAUGUCUUACCCAAUUUCAGGCUUAGUGAAGACAUAUAAAGCAAAGGAUUAUAGCGUGGAUCACCCAUUGGUGCCUCAUGGCCUGUCUGUGGUGCUGACCUCCCCAGCCGUAUUCACUUUCACAGCACAGAUGUUUCCUGAGCGGCACCUGGAGACCGCAGAAAUAUUGGGAGCCGACACCCGUACUGCCAGGAUCGCAGAUGCUGGGCUUGUUUUAGCUGACACACUCCGGAAACUCUUAUUCGAUCUGGAUGUGGAUGAUGGCCUAGCUGCCAUUGGUUACUCCAAGGUUGAUAUCCCUGCAUUAGUGAAAGGAACGCUGCCCCAGGAAAGGGUCACCAAGCUUGCACCACGCCCUCAGUCAGAAGAGGAUCUGUCUGCCCUGUUUGAAGCUUCAAUGAAACUGUAUUAAUUUUUCUUUUUACUAAAAGAAUUAGUAUCAGCCCUCAUAGUUCUGAAAUGAGAAGUUGGUCUAGCCAGAGCUUUGUCUUCUCAUCUCCAUACAUAACUUAUCUAUUACCAGUUUGAAUGUGAUAAUAAAAUUAUCCUACAGAAGAUUCCAAGACACACAAAGUCAAGCUACUUCCAUAAUACCAGCUAGAAAAAUGCCCCCAGCAUUGGACCCUAGUUUGUGUUCCUGCCCUAAACUCUGCAGACCACCCCUGCUUCAUAUAUCAAGUGGGUAAAAACUCAGUGUCUAUCAAAAGUCUUAAUGUACAUUUUUGCCCAGUAACCCAUGUCUAAAAAUUUAUACUGUAAAAGUACUCACAUGAAUGUGUAAAGAAAUACAGCAAGGAUGUUUCUGGCAGCACUUUUUCUAAUAAAAUAUGAAAGAACCUAAAUGUUCAUUAAUAAUAUAUUGAUAAAUAAAUUGCAGUAUAUUAAAUAAUGGAGUGCCAUCAUGCUAUUAAUAAGAAUGAGGUAAAACUAUUGGAAAUAUGUUUGUGAUAUACUGCUAAGUUGGAAAAAAGUAAGUUGCAGAACAAUUAUAUAUUAGCAUGGUCUGAUUUUUAUGUUUUUAAUUAUAAAUAAAUGUAUGUCUAUAUAUACAUAGAAAAGAAGGAUACAACCAAAAUAUUAAAAGUUAUCACUGUGGAAAUGGAAUUUAGGACAGAGAGAAUUCAAAUAUUCACUUUAUAUUUUAUACUUUCACUUUUUAUUUUAUGAACAUUUAUGUUGUUUGGAUUUGUUAUAACAGCAUAGAUCUUCUCAUCUGAAAGGGGGGAAGAAAAGAAAUAAAAAUAUCACUACAGUUUUAGGUCAGAUUUAUCAUAUUUUAUAAAAAUACUAGUAAUAUAUCUAAAAGUUAAAAACAAAUAGAAAGGGGUUUAAUAUUAGAGACCUAUCCUCUGGCAAAUAAAUUGUUCUUCUGCAAAAAACACUUUUUCUUUGAAUUGAGGUAACAUUGGUUAACAUACAAAUUUCAGGUGUACAACAUAACAAUUAGAUAUCUGUGUACAGUUUAGCAUGCUCAGCACCCGAAGCCUAGUUUCCGUCUGUCACCAUACAAUUGACCUCCUUUAAGUAUUUUGCCCUUUACCCACCCCUUUUCCCCUCUGGUAUCCACCAAUCUGUAGUCUGUAUCUCUGAGUUUGUUCUUGUUUUGUUUUGUUUGUUCAUUUGUUUCUUUUUUGUUUUGCAUUCUUCUUAUGAGUGAAAUCAUAUGGUUUUUGUCCUUUUCCAUCUGAUUUGUUUCACUUAUUUUAGCAUAAUACCUUCAAGAUCCAUCCAUGUUGUCUCAAAUGGCAAUAUUUCAUCUUUUCUUAUGACUCGGUAUUCCAUUGUACUCAUAUAUCGUUAUUUAUACAAUAUAUACAUAUAUAUGCAUGCAAAAUUACUGAAAGGACAUAUAUAAAAUUUUUAACAGUGGCUAUCUUUUGGUUGGUACAAUAUGAACCAAUAUUUGCUUUUGUGUUUAUCCUUGCAUUACCAGUUUUUGGUACUGAACAUAUUUUAUGUUUGCAAUUAGAGAAA